UGAGUGAUAAGUAGCUUACAAGAUAAGACGGGUGCUUGGUAACUAUUUGAGGCGAGGUGGGACGACUACAGUGUCUAUUGUAGCCUUGUAACAGGUCGGAAGGCAGGAGACAUCAUGCUGGUGUUGGUAUUGGCAGCUCUAGCGGCUGCAGCUUCGGCAGCAAGAUACAACUAUGGCGAGGCUCUUGGCAAGUCCAUCCUGUUCUAUGACGCUCAGAGAUCCGGUAAACUUCCAGCCAACAACCCCAUCAAGUGGCGAGGUGACUCCGCCCUGGGAGACAAGGGAGAUAAUGGGGAGGAUCUGACCGGAGGCUGGUAUGAUGCCGGUGACCACGUCAAGUUCAGCUUGCCCAUGUCCAGCUCCUCCACCCUCCUGCUGUGGGGCUACUUACAGUGGAAAGAUGCCUAUGCCACAACGAAACAAACAGACAAAUUCUUUGACAUGAUCAAGUGGCCCUUGGACUACUACUUGAAGUGCUGGAUUCCAUCCAGUCAGACGCUGUAUGCACAGGUUGGAGAAGGCAAUGACGACCACCACUUCUGGGGCCGUGCUGAGGACAUGAAGAUGGCCAGACCCGCCUACAAACUCACACCAAGCAAACCUGGAUCAGAUGUUGCUGGAGAGAUUGCUGCCUCCCUAGCUGCUGGGUAUCUGGCAUUCAAACAGAGAGAUCAUGCCUACGCAAAUAAACUUCUGGCUGCAUCCAAGCAAAUCUAUGCGUUCGGAAAGAAGUACCCUGGAAAGUACAGUCAGAGUAUCUCGGAUGCCGGCCAGUUCUACUCAUCAAGUGAUGACAAGGACGAGAUGUGUGAGGGCGCCAUGUGGCUAUACAAGGCAACAAAUGACAAGUCCUACCUGGCCGAUGCCAAGGGAUUCCACGAGAAUGCCUGGGCGUGGGCUCUGGGAUGGGACGACAAGAAAGUCGCUUGCCAGCUGCUGUUGUACGAGGCUACCAAGGACUCUGCUUACAAAGCGGAAGUGGUGGGUUUCUUCAAGGGCUGGCUCCCUGGUGGCUCCAUCACCUACACUCCAUGUGGACAGGCGUGGAGAGACCAGUGGGGCUCCAACAGAUAUGCAGCUAACUCUGCCUUUGUUGCGCUGUUGGCUGCUGAUGCUGGUAUUGACACUGCAACCUACAGGAAGUGGGCAGUUGAGCAGAUCAACUACAUCCUCGGGGACAACAAGUACGGCAUCAGCUACCAGAUCGGCUUCGGCUCCAAAUACCCCAGGAAUCCUCAUCACAGAUCUGCCUCCUGUCCCAACAUUCCAGCUCCCUGCUCAGAGGUCAACUUACACUCUUCCGGUCCCAGCCCCCAUGUCCUUGUGGGCGCCAUAGUGGGAGGCCCUGGUAGUGAUGACUCCUACAAGGACAACAGGGAGGACUACGUCCACAACGAGGUGGCCUGCGACUACAACUCAGGUUUCCAGUCUGCUCUGGCUGGUCUCACUCAUCUUGUAAAAGUUAAGGAGUUGCCAGCAGUUCCUGCACCAAAGUGUCAUGGUUGAGACAUAACGUGUUUGUAUUAAUAAUGAAAUAAAAUACUGAAUGGCA